AAACUAUAAGUGCAAUUUUUUCAAAUAUUUUUUUUUUAUGAUUGGCUACUUUAAAAAAAAAUUCAAAAAUUAUUAGACGUCGGCUAACUUCAGUAUCAUGAGUCUUUAGCGUUUUCUAAAACCUUACGAGAACUAUAAAUUUCGUAUUGUCAAAAAUUCUAAUUCGUCUCCGAAAAAAAUUAUUUAAAAAAUCUAAUUUAUUCUACGAGCGCAACAAAGAUAGUCGCAUUUAUUUUUUCUGGGUCUAAGAAAGAGGUUCGGUGUCAUUUCCUUUAAAACCAACUUUUGCGAGCAAAGGAAAAAAAACUUUCUUUUUAAACACUAAUAUACAUAUAUGAAUGUUAUCCAAAUUAAAUAAUUCGCGGUUAUAAUUCACACAUAAAUCAUGAGUAAGUUCUUUCUUUUUGGAGUUAGUUUUUUAAUCGUAGUAAGGCGCGCGCGUCACCAUUACAGAGCUCAAAAUGUUAAAAAUCUUCAGACACGUGCAUCAUGAUUUGUGUUUAUAUGUGGUAUAUUGUAAUUUGAGAUAACACUACAUCCAUACUUAUUUUUUUUUUAAUUAUUAUCAACAUAUUUUAUAUAUACACAUUACGCAUUACGUAGUAUUAUUUUAUUGCACGCACGUGAGCGCCAGUCAGUGUUUAACAAGCCAAACAAACGCGUGUAUCUCUCACAAAACUCCGUUUUAUAUGUUAAGUGUAAACGUAUUUAAUAACAAUAAUAAAACGUGUGCUAGAACGUGGCAAGAGUUACUGCUAGCAGUGAUAUGUUCCGUGGAAUGAUAAGUAAUAAUGUCAACAAACGUAAAUUUAACAAAAUUACAAGAUUUUAUUGUAUCAAGACUAUGGUAUACUGCAUAUGUCUUCCAUAAAAAAAAUAUAAACAAUUUUAAAUCCUCAAAUGAUAGUAAUGGCGCAGCAGUUGAAUUAUGUAGAUCAAUAGGUUGUUACGAGUAUACCAAGGAAACUUCAUGGAUUAUUUACAAACUAUUGGCAAUGUUGACCAACAAUGACGUUGGAGAAGGUCAAUUAAAUUUAUUACAGCUUGAAAAUGCAUUACAUUUAAUUGAUAAUAAUGUACCUGAAACAAUUGAGCAGGAAUUGUUCAAGCUUUAUGAUUCGAUAGCACAAACAAUAACAAAAGAAGAAUCUGAUGAAAUUUCUCCGCAGAUUACUGAACGUAGUUUAAAGUUUUUAGAAAAACAUUUGUGGGACAAACCAGCAUUGGUGCAAUGGAUAAUAGAUCAAUUACUUUGUAUUUGGUCACCGUCUUUUGCCACAACAGAUUCAGCACUUCAAGAUAUUUAUAUCAAAGUCAUUAAAGAAAUUUUACAUAGAGCUAAAAAUUUUUCUGGUUCAACAAACAAUAAUAAAAUAAACAAUGGAGUAAUAAAUUGUCAAAAAAAUAUAAACUUUAUAAACCACAAUGAUUUGGGAACUCUGUUGUCUAUUUUAUCAAAGUUUGAUAUCACGGAAUCAAAAGAGGAAGAGCUUAAGCUUUGGCUAUGGCCGAUGUUGAUUAAAACUUGUAAAUUUAAAGACAUCGAAUUGUCAUUAUUUUCACGGAAAGAUUUUAAAUAUUUCAAAAUGUGGCAUACAUUUUGCGAUGAAAAUUAUGCACGCAACAAGAGUCCUAAUAAUUUAGAUAAUGUUAUUAAAAUAUGCUCAGCUAUUUUUGAUGCUAAAGAUGAAUCAUCAGCGGUAUCAUUAAAUGCCAAUGAAAUAUUCAUAAGAGUAUUAAGAAAUAAAACUCACUGGUUAUCAGAUAUUUUAGAAAUAUGUUAUAUAUUAACGAUAAAUAAUCACUUGGAUAAAGUUGAAAGAUUACUAAAUAACUGUGCAUUAAAUAAUCUUUGGAUACCGUUACUAUUUAAGUGUAUCGAUAGUUGUUUGAAUACAAAUCAGACUUCAUCAAACAACGAAAUGUGGAAAAAAAAUAAUUUCAUGUCCGAAUCUCUGAGAUUUAUUAUUAAAAAUUGUAAAUUUAAAGAUUCAAAGGAUCCAUUUAUGAUUAAAUUCGAAAGUAUUCUUGAAAAUCACCUGGAUGCUCUAGAGUGGAUCAUCAAAUGUCGUAAUGAUUUUUUUGAACACAAUAAGAAAUCACUUUUAACUCAUAAAAAUUAUAAUAUUAAACAAAUUUUUCGUUAUCUUCAAUCAUCAUCAGUUCUGUCUACUAUAAAAAUGUAUGUACCGGAUAUACAUAAUAAAUUAUUUGAUGAUGUGUAUCCUUUACUAAAAGAUUCGGUGGAUUCUAAAAUAACUUAUCAAGCUUACUAUUCAAUGCUAAGCGCGCUCAAAGCUAUAACACUUUGUAAUAAUUAUAAUACUGAAUUUGAAACAAUAAUUGAUCAUUAUAAUUGUAUGGAAAUGCAUAUUAAUAAUCUUAGUCCGUUAAAAUUACGAUUAGAAGUAUUGGAAAAUAUUUUUACCAUGUUAUUUAUACGCUAUGAAGACUUAACGAGUGUCGAAAAUACAUCGGAUUGUGACAACGAUGACGAAGAUGAGGUUGAUGAUGAUGAUGAUAUUUAUGAUGAACCUCCGUUAUCGUCUUAUAAAAAUUCAUGUCAUUAUCAAACUGGAUUUAUCUGCAACAAGUAUGCCAUACGAGAGACACUGCAUUAUCUUAAACGCUGUAUUUUUGUAAUUGAUAACGAGUACACGAGAUUGAAGAAUGAUUCAAAGACGUAUUCAGACUUAGAAGAACUAGAUAAUAGAAUAUCGUCUAUGAAAAAAUAUCUCAGUGAUGCAUCUUGGCGGCUAGAGUUAUUAACAACCACGGAAUUUUUAAAAAGACAAGGACUGCCAGACAUUCAAGUGGAGAAAAAAAAUUUUUUGACUGUUAAAAAUAAAAUAAAUUCAAUUGCUCAUCAACAAAUAACUUCACAUUUAUAUAAAUUUGAUGAUAGUUCGUCUGAUGAAGUAGACUUACGUUCAGACAUUGAUGUUAGUUCUGAAAGUGGUUCAGUCGGGAAUACUUUCAAUGAAAAUAAUAAACGUCGCAGACGUGUAAAAAAUAUAUCAUCUCAAAGUGAAGAUACAUCGAAUGAAAAAAGCUCAAAACAAGUUAAAGAGUUUACUCUUAGUUACAUGCUGGCCUCUAAGGAAACUCUGGUAUUGAGAUGCUUGUGGAAAGAUAAUUUAACUGAAGCUCAACGUGUGAUUAAGACUUUCAAUAUGGAAGACAGUAAUUUGGCAGGUGAAAUUUCAUUUUCACAAGCAAUGCGUACAUUCAGACAAGAUAUUUCAAAACAAUUGACAACUAUACCAUCAAAAAAUGAAAUUAAAAUGGACACUAAACAUUCCACCCUUGAUUUUAUCCGUCAAGCAGCUAAAGAUGGUAUCCAAGCAACACGUAUGACAAGUCAAGUCGAGACAUUUUUAGCAUCGCAAGAGUCUAAUAUUAUGUUAAGUUCUGAUUCUAAUAAUGCCAAAGAUAUAAUGACGCUAGUCACACUUGAUUUAGCGUUGACUAUCGGCCAAGACAGUCAGACAUCAGAAAAUCUUGCUGAAAUAGCAAUUAAACAUUUAAAGUCAAAUAAAAAACUUAUCAAUACACGUUACUACGAAUUUUUUGAAACAAUUUAUCAGCUGUUUCAUGAAAGUAAAGGCACACCGAUUAUUGAUAUUCUUUGUGAUGCGAAAAUUCCAUUUUCGGUCAAAGAAUACCGAGAACAAAAUGACUACUGGUCAAAUUUAUCACGUAAACUUAUUAUUUUUGAAAAUAAAACGAAGCUUAUAGACUUUAUAAAAGAUAAAAACGAAGAGGAUAAAUUUAAAAAUGAUUUACAAAAUAUUUUGUCAGUUUGUAGUAAUGGGGAACCAUAUUUACAUCGAUUGAAUGCUCACUUGGAAUUGAUUAGAUCGAUUGCUCCACCUUUCAAAGAAAUAAAUGUAGUUGGAAUGAAACCAUCUCUGUUAGAAAAUUCACUCGACUCUUAUAUUGGUUACCAAAUAUUUGAUUUGGACGUUGAUUUAGAAACACUGGAGAUUGUCGCUAAUCAAUUACAAGUUAAUCUGGCUUACUGUAUUUUAAUUAACUGCUGUCCGAAGUUAAUGUGCGGUGAUAAUAUUGAUAACCAUGAGAUAAAAAAUAGUAGAUGGGGAAUUAUUGUUUUAAAUAAAUAUGAAACUGUUGAAAAAUUUAUUAACGACGAUAUCCAUGAUCCUAAUCAGUGUAUUAUUGAUAUUUUAUCAGAACUUAUCGAAACGCUUAAAAGCUCAGCUUAUGAUUCAUCAAAUAUUUUUGAAACAGGUUUUAAAAGUUUGUCAGACAAUGAAAGUAUUAUUAAAAUUCUUAAAAAAACUCAAAGCUUAGCUAAUUUGGACUUGAGUUAUUUAUCUUUUGGUGAUCAUACUCUGGCAUUUUUCCUCAACAUCUGGAACCUGAUGAUGCUUCACGCGAUCUUAGAAAUUUGGAGUAAAGAUCCACCAGUCAGUGAUCUUAGACACGCAAUAUCAUUGAGUACAAUCGGUUACGAAAUAGGUGAUCUUGGUUUCGUCAGUCUUUUUACAUUAAGAUUAAAAUUACUCGGACAAUCACUCAGUGAUGAUGAGUCAUUGGGUUUUGAAUAUCCAGAAGAACUUAAUGAACCAGCUUGGCAAGAUUUAGACUUGCAACAAGAUCCCCGUGUGAUAUUUUCAAUGAUAAAUGAGUAUAAAAGAUCUCCUAUAAUUAAAAUUUAUCAUCCAGAAAGCCUAAAUGAAGAUAUCAAUACAUCCGUUCAUGACUAUCUAAAUAAUUAUAUUAAUUGUGACAGUGAAAGUGUAAUUUGUCUUCCAAAACUUGUUAAAAAAUACGAAGAUCUUACGAUAAAUACCGAAGGCUCUAAAACAAUUAUAGAUAAAUAUUUAAGCAUUGAUAAAAGUAUUGAGUAUGAAUCAUUCAAAUAUUUUUACGGCGUUCAAUUAAAGUACAGUGAUGAAAAACCAAUAAUUGAUUACAGUGAAAUAGAUAAACAAGAUAAAAAUAAUUCAUCAGUUUGGAGAAGCAGAAUUAUUAAACCGAAUUUACUUCAAUACUUAGAAGGACAUUGUUGGCUCCUAUCUUAUCUCAUUCAAAGAAUCCAUGAAGAAAGUCCAACAAUACGUGACAGCAACUGUGAUAAUCUGGACCGUACUGUGGUAUUGGAGAAUUUAUUUAAAUCACCUUGGGCGCAAACUUUAAAAGUUCUUUAUGAAGAAAACUCGACGGUCGCUGGUCUACAGAAUUGCUCAUCAACAAUUGAACUGUGGGAUUACUUCCAAGUUAUUUUAAGAAGCGGUGAAUUUAAAAAAUGUCUUACGAUACUUGACGCACUUCCAGACUCAUUGAUGAUGAUUAAUGCCGAGUUACAAAGCUUGAGAGAUAAAAUAAUAACGUGUUUAAUUAUCAGUAAUAAGUUUAAUCUGACUUACAAUAAAAUCUUACAAUAUCUCUAUCAGAUAAGAGACGUACACGUGUUAGCUCAAGUUGUUUUGUCCAAAGUUAAGACGUGGCCUGUUCGUGUGUGUGAAGAAGCACUACGUCACGUUUUAAAUCACGCAGAUAUUGAUGAUCUUCCAGCUCACUGCAGGUCUGAGAUAAGCGAAAUUCUUUGUAGAGUUCUUGUCUUUGAUAAGAUGUUGAUUUAUUGCAAAUUGGAUGACAAUCUUGAUGAAGUUAAUUGGUAUAAUGUAGUUUAUCGUACGGAAAAAACAGAUCCAACGCGAAUAGUUAAGUCACUUAUUGAUGCAAAUCAGUAUGAACUCUGUUUAGAGUGGAUGGAAUAUCAAACACCAUCAUCUGAAAUCCAGUGUUUAGUUUCGCAAGAACUUUUUAUGGGAUUAUUAAAAAAUGAAAAAGAUUAUUUUAAACAUGCGCGUAAAUUAUUGGCUGCAUUACCAGCGAGUUUGUCAAUUAAAUUAUGCAAUGGUAUUAUUGAUAAAUUAGAAUCAAUAAAUUCAUUAAAAUUUAUAAUCAAAUAUUUAUUAGACAACUCAACUGUCGAACGUAAAAAAUAUCAACGGAGUUUAUUGGGAGUUGAAAUUUUAGAUCAAUUAGACUUACGAGACAGGCCACUUUAUAUUCAUUUAAUAAAUGAACCACUUGUUAUGUUCGAACAAUUACUUAUGAAUUGUAAAUUUGAUAAUUUACAAAAAAUUUUAAAAACAUGCUCGGAUAAUUUUGUGUCUAGUGGUAUUGAACGUGAAGAGUUUGAUUGUAUUAUUAGAUUUUAUGCCCAAAAAUCUUUAGACUUUCGUGUGGCUGUACAUCGUGACAAUGACAACAGCAAGUCUAAAGAAAAUUCAUUAAGCCAAAGUGGAGAAUUUCUUAUGCCUGUAAAUAUACCAACAAGAGAAGAAUGGAUUCCAGAUGAUAAAGCACGUGAAUGUAGCUGUUGCAGAACUAUUAUUUUUUCUAUGUUUAAUCGAAGGCAUCAUUGCAGAAGAUGUGGUAGAGUUGUUUGUGCAACCUGUUCAGGUCAACGAAUACGAGUUACAGGAUACGCGGAUUCAGUUCUUGUACGUGUAUGCAAUGACUGUAAGCGACAAACUGCAAUGCAAGCACAAGGUGCAUCAUCAACACCCAGCAGCGAGACAUUUGAUUGUUGGAGACUGUCACUUCAAGAGGCUCACAAUCGAACAUUGAGAGAAGAAUUUUGUUUUGAAUACGCGCCAAAUAUUCCGCUGUGCUUAGCGAUAUUAAAUUUACACUCUGAUCACAAAACAUACGCAACUUUUCUUCUUGAUCGUUGUGAUGAGAUGAAGAAAUCAUUGUAUCCUGACAAAAGAGGGCGAGUUAAUCCAGAAAUAGAUCAUAGUUUAAUCAUUAAAAUGAUAAGAUCACUAUUAUUGGCUGCUAAAGUUAAGUGCGCUAAGCUGGGACUUAAUACCGGCUUGACUGAUUGCGAUAGAUUUUUGUCUCAAGUUGAUCUUAUCAGCAUUCUCGUUUCAUCUGAUUGCCUUUCAUUGAUUCCACAAGAUGAUCUAAAUGAUCAUACAUUGCGGCGGUUGAGAGACUUAUUGACUGAAAAGGAACAAUGGAGACUGGCGUUGAAUGUCAGUACCAAGUCUGGUUUGGAUACUCAAGGUGUGUGGGCAGCUUGGGGAAAGGCCUGUCUUAAAGUUGGAUACUAUGAGAAAGCACGUGAGAAAUUUUCACACUGUUUAGAUAAAGUUCAUCAAGAUGAUUAUGUACCGGAAGAUUGGGUCCUGCUUUCUUACUCAUCAGACACUGGAGAAGGAACAAAAAGUGAUAGGGAUUCAGAAAAAAAAGAUACAAGAACAAGAACAGGGUUGAAAAAUCGUCCAAUAAAAGACCCGCCUUUACUAGGAGAAAUUUUACAAAUUCUCGAAGUAUCUAAUUCCACAGAUCAGUAUUCUUUACAUCAAACACCUUCCAAAAGUUCAAUGGCUCAAGAAAUAUUGAACACUUUGAAUAAUUUAAAAGCUAUAUCUUAUGGCCAGUAUACGGUGUCCAAGCUAAGCUCAACCACCAGCAAUUUUCGAUAUCAAGAAAGUUUAUAUUACUUGUUGAUGUACGGCAGCUAUAAUUCUAUUUUAGAAUUUUUUGUUCGUUACAGAGAAUUAGAUAAAUGUUUAUCUUACAUACUAGAGAAUGAAAUAGAGCCCGAAUUAUUUUUUAACGUUGUCUUUUUGGGUUGCCUUAAAAAUGGAAUUGUUAAAAAUUUAUGCACAGCAAUUAAAUUAAAAGAUCCAAGUCUUCUAUCAUGGAAAAAGUACUUAUUAUUUACGUGUCAUAAUUUAGAAAAAAAACAAUUAUUCAAUACACUUUAUCAGCUUCAAUUAUUUAUGAAAGAUUACGUCAGAGCUGCAAUGACUUGUAUACGUUUCUACGUAAUGGACGCAAGCAGUUAUGCAGAUAUUUGUAUGAGAAAUCAUUUUCUAAUAGACGCACAGAGACAUUUAGAAGCUGAGUUACAGAGUGAAAAAGAUGAAAUUUUUAACAGACGACGAAGAAAAAGUGUCGGCUCGUCUUUUAGUGGGCAAACUAGUCUUACAAUGGAAAUGGAGCCAACGGAAAUAGAUAAACAUAUAAAUACUAUUUCGCGGCAAAUGGAGAUAGCAAAAUUUUUGGGAGUUUGUGAAAAAGAAGGAAGAUCUGUUAAUGAAUUUCUCAGCAAGCUUUCAUUUAUGGACAGUGAGGGUCUGCAACCAAGAAAUGCACCGACACUUUUUGGUAAUCAACAAGAAAGAACGCAUUUAGCAGUACUGUCUAUUUUAUGCGGACGUAAUGUUGAAGAAGGUUUUGGUAUCGCUUUCCGGGUAAUGCAAGAUUACAAUCUUCAUCAUCAAAAAGUAUAUUCACUAGUUGGACAUAUACUGGCACAAGACAAAAAAAUAAGUUCUAUUGAACAGUUGAUUAAAUGCUGCCGUAGUUCUGGAUCACCGAAUUCCAAUACAAUAUCAGAUCGCGUGUUAGUUAAUUGUAUUAAAUUUUUACUAGAUCGUUCGCGAACUGAAACAAAUCCAGCUCCUAAAGAUCAAAUUGAUUCUCUCAUAAGAUUGAUUACGGAUAUUGAAUUAAAAAUUGGAUGUUACAUUGAGAGUAAACAACUUAAAGCUGCUUAUCUUUUAGCUGUUAAACAUUCAAGAGCACAAGACAUCCGAAGAAUAUUAAAAGAAGCUGAUAGUCUUGGUCAGUCUGCCAUUAAAUCAAUUUGUACCAAGUGGCUUCAACAUAAUCAACCCAAUUAACUGUUGAUUAAACUAAAGAAAAAAAAGUUUGCAAUUACAAUUGUAAUUAUAAUUAUUUGAAUGUAAAUAUUGACACAGAUUUGCGAUUUAGCAAUGCUUUAUUUUUAUUUGUUAUGAAAUUAUUUAAGUAACAAUUGAGAAAGAAAUUUAAAUUUAACUAUUUUUGUGUUGACUUUUGUACAUAAGUGAGUUAAAAAAAAACGGCACAUUGAACUGAUUAUACUUUAAAAAGCUGUGAUAUUUAACACGUGUACUAAUAAA